CGGAUUUGACAUGCGCAGCCAUUUUCUCGCACCUCGUUUCCCGUUUCCAAAGCCUCGCGGCGUGCAUCCAAAAUUCCAGUUGUGCGCAGAUCUGCCGCGCUGACCUAGGAUUCGUUUGAUUCGAUUAUCGAUUGGUACAAUGAGUGGACGGACGUGCGAGCUUUCGUUGGGUUGUCGAUUCGGAGGAGCUCUCUGAGUGAUUUGGAGUGAUGCGUGGGGUCUCAUGACAGAAGAUGGAGUUUCUGCGGAAUUUGACAAUGUGUAAAAUGCUGGGUUCUGAGUUCAAUUCAAGUUGAAGCUUUUGAACUGGUCAUAGAGAGGUGUACUCAAAGAAGAUGAGAUCCUCCGAAGGACGACUUACAAUCUGAGCCGCAGUUGUUGAAGUGGAAACUGUGUUUGGAAUUUUGAUUCUGAGGGAGGGGUUAUGGGGGACGAAAAAUUGCACAGCAGGAGGUGGUGUAGCUGCGAAAAUUGAGCACUCACUGAAGCAGUGAUGGCUGCUCUCGUACCGUUCGAUAGUUCGGUGGUAGCGCAUUCUCUGGUCAUAGACUCGCUGCUAUUGUACAGGAAAGCUAUCCAGUCUCUGAGGCCUGCAGAAACCACAGAAUUCAUCGAGAGGAUCGAUACUCAGCUGUCGGAAUCACCGCAGGCUCCCGCGAAUGGCCAAAAUUUGCUGGAAUUGGCCAAUGUGCCAAGCGAUUCUCUGUCGAGUUUUCCACCCAGCUUUCCUAUGGUUAAGCGCAUCCCCAAUACGCAAUUUAUUGUGGAUGGAUUUCGGAAUGCAGGUCCUUGGUCGGUUUCUUACUUCCUCUCGCAUUUUCACAGCGACCAUUAUACCGGCAUUACGAACCUCUGGCACAAAGGGCUCAUAUUCUGCUCAGCAAUUACUGCGAAUUUGGUGAAGCAGAGCUUACAAGUUCCAGCGGCGCUUGUUGUUCCAUUACCCAUGGGGGAGACUGUCACUAUAGAUGGUUGUGAGGUUGCGUUAGUGGACGCAAAUCACUGCCCGGGGGCGGUGCAGUUUUUGUUUAGAGUUCCAGGGGAAGGCGGGGAAUGUUUAAGGUAUGUGCACUGUGGUGACAUGAGAUACCACCCUUUUAUGAAAUCCGAGCCCGCUCUUUUUGAUUAUGUGGGGGCCGAUGCUGUCUUUCUAGAUACAACUUACUGCAAUCCCAAAUACAUUUUUCCGUCACAGCAGGAGUCUGUGGAUUAUGUGGCUGAGACAGUGGAACGACUGAUGGAGGCAGAUGUAGAGGCGCCUCGAGCUGAAGAGGAUGAAGACCUCGUCAUGGAGGACAGGCCGGAGGCAUUGGACGAAGAAGAGGAGGAGGAUGUGGAGGGCUUACAGAAGCCAUCCACUGCGGGAGUUAACGUCGAAGGCCAGUCAAAAAAAGAUGUGGUGGAAGACGAAGAGGAUGAAGCGUUGUUCAGUCGGAGUGGUCCGCUAGAAGGAAGGUCCACUCUUUUUCUUAUUUCAACUUAUGUCAUAGGCAAAGAGAAAAUCCUCACAGCAGUUGCGAAGCGAUGCAACUGCCUUAUCUAUGUCACAGAGAAGAAGCUCUCUGUGCUCAAAUGCUUGAACUUGGAGAACAUCGAUAUAUUUACGACCGACCCCUCCGCAACGAAUGUCCAUGUGGUUCAAUGGAGUUUCCUGGGAGAGACAUGGCCUUACUUCCGUCCCAAUUUUCUGAAAAUGGAGAAGGCCAUGAAAGAAAGUGGGUAUAAGAAGGUCGUAGGUUUUGUGCCCACAGGGUGGACCUACGAGCUUAAGAAGAAAACUUUCUCUGUUAGGAAGAAGGGCCCCUUCGAAAUUCAUCUUGUUCCUUACAGUGAGCACUCCAAUUACGAGGAGUUACGAGAGUAUGUAGGUUUCCUUCGGCCCAAGGAGAUCAUACCGACAGUCGGGCUUGAUGGCGGUGGGAUGGAAAGCAAAGCUGUUGCCACGAUGAGGAAGCAUUUUCGGAAUCUCGUAGAUGAAACAGCUAGCAAGAAGAAUUUUCUGAAAGGUUUCAGCCGGAAACCACAGGAAGAAACUAUCUUAGCUUUGAAGGAGUCAGGUGCCGGCCAGCAGCAUGUCGCACCUGCACCGAAAGCAAUAUUUGGCCGAGCAGCGAGAAAAAGGAAGCGAGAGGGUGACGAUGGGCCGGAAGAAUUUGAGGAUGCCACUCAGCAAACUCAAGGAGUCAAGCCUAUGUCGGAUGAAAUUCAAGAUCAAGCGAAUGCUGCAGAAAGCAUGGAUAUGUCUAAGUCGACUGAUGUGACGUCGGGAAAGUGGCAACUAGCUCUGGUACCUUGCGCAGGUCCAGUUGAUGUUGAGAGAGCUUGCCCAAAGCCACAACACUCCACAGGAUCGGAAGAUGUUUCUCAUAGAGGUCGCCAAGAACCCGUACCACCUCGUAUAUCGUCUUCUACACCUCCAUCUGAGAAGCCCGGAAACAAAACCAACAACGAGAGGCCCCGUGCUCAACCAUCCAAUCCGCAGACGGGCUCCUCCGCCAAGACCAAGAGUUCCAGUUCUACUCGCCGACAACCCAAAGCUCAAGGACGCCAAACGAAAUCUGCCUCAUCCAGAAAAACCAAGAAGAUCAACGCAAGUGCUCCUAUCUCCAAGAAAGCAAUGCUUUCUCCAAAAAACUCUAACUCUGCCAAGCCUUUCCAAAAAGCAAAGCAGUCUUCUCUCUUCACGUUCUUCAAGAAGGCUGGUGAGGAACCGAGUGCCGCCACAAGUGCAUCAGUUCCCAGCACCGAACAGUUGAUGAUGUUGGCUGGCAAUGUUACUGGCCUUAUCUCACGAGAGGGAUCGGAUAAACCUAGUGUAAGGCAAGUUCAGAAUGAUAUCAACAAAUGGACUGACGAGUACGAGCAACUUGCAAGCCUUCUUGAUGAAAAUCUAUCUAAGGAGCUUGCACAUGCCUUGCUGGAGAAAGCAGGCGGAAAUGUGGGUGUUGCCCUGGACUUGUAUUAUAGUGGAGAAUUGGUGGUAGAGGCAGAUAAACCUUCGGAGGCUAGAGAUGAGGAUCUUCCCGGUGACCUAGAUACUGGAGUCGUAGAUCAUGGAAUUGAAGCAAAAGGUAAUGUGGACCACAAACAAGUCGUUCAUGUUACUAAAGCAGAGGGCAACAUUUCGAGAUCCCCGGAAACGGAAAUGGCAGGUGACAGUCUACAAAGGCCUCGCUCGUCUUCACGUGGACACAGUCGUGUAAAGGCUGAAGCCAAGCCAGAAGUUUCAGCCAAUGAGAACUCACAUCCUGAAGUAAUUGUGCACAAGGUUAGGACGUUAAUCACUGUGAAGGAGGAGAUCGCAGGUGACGUAUGUGUGGCAAAUCAUGAGAUUACAGGAGUGGACGCAGAAACUGCAGAUGAGAAGAAGAGAGGAGGUGUCGGUGAGGAAAAACUCGACGGAGCAACGAAGAAGGACACAGCUGAGAAGAAAUCCGGUUCUGUAGCUGUACCGGUAGGGAAAUACUCUCCUAUCGAGCAUGCAUGCUGGGAGCCAGGGGAGGGCGCACCAUACUUACAUCUUGCGCGUGCUUUUGACUUGGUGGAACAAGAGAGUGGUCGACUAAGGACUGCUGACAUGCUUUGCAACAUGUUUCGCAGCCUGUUGGCUCUUUCACCAGACGCUGUGCUUCCAGCAGUUUAUCUCACCACCAAUCGACUUGCUCCAGACUUCGAGAGUGUGGAUUUAAAUAUUGGAGGGAGUAUAGUAUCUACGGCGGUGGGAGAAGUUGCUGGAGUUUCUCGAGCAAAAUUAAGGGAGAUGUACACGUCAAUGGGUGAUCUCGGUGAUGUGGCUCAGGCAUGCCGGCAGACUCAAUCCAUCUUAAGGUUGCCGCCUCCGUUGAGGAUUUGUCAAGUAUUCUCUACACUGAAGCAGAUCAGCAAGGAAUCUGGAGGUGGUAGCGGUGGUCGAAAAAAGGAUUUGGUGCUUAGCCUUCUCCGUGCAUGCAGGGAGAAGGAGAUGAAGUACAUCGUGAGAACACUAGUCCAAAAUAUGAGAAUAGGUGCGAUGAUGAAGACCGUCUUGUCAGCACUUGCUCAAGCGGUAGUUCUGCAUCACACCUUUCCUGCUGAUCAAGCUCCAAAUGAGGCUCUUGCCAAACUCAAACCUAAAUUUCAGGAGGCGGCAAUUGCGGUUGUAGAAGCAUAUAAUUUUCUUCCAAAUCUGGAUCUUCUUGUACCUACUUUAGUUAAAGGUGGAGUAGCUGCACUGUCCGCAAAUAUAUCCAUCUCACCUGGAACUCCAAUCAAGCCUAUGCUUGCCAAGAUUACAAAUGGGAUACCAGAGUUGCUUAAACGAUUUGAAGGGCAGUCGUUUACGUGUGAAUACAAAUAUGAUGGACAAAGAGCUCAAAUACAUAUGUUGGCGGAUGGAUCCUUCCGCAUAUUUUCUCGUAAUUGUGAGGACACCACCGGCCGGUUCCCAGAUGUAGCCGACAUCUGCCGAGCCGCUGCUAGAGAGGAUUUAACUUCAUUCAUAAUCGAUGCUGAGGUAGUCGCAGUAGAUAGAGAGCAUGAUAAUAAGCUAAUGGCAUUCCAGCAUCUGAGUACUCGAGAAAGGGGGAGUCGAGAUGGUGGUUCUGUUAAUCUGCAAAAUAUCAAGGUUUCUGUGUGCGUCUUUGCAUUUGACAUGAUGUACGCAAACCAAGAAUCGUUAGUGAAAAUGACUUUUCGGGAACGACGAAAAUGUAUGCGUCAUUGGUUUCCAAACAUCAAACCCGGUCAUUUUGGUUAUGCAACUGAGAUAACUAUUGAACCAGAGGACGAUCAAUCAGAUUCGACAUCUACAUCACAAAAAGUUGAAGGAUUUUUAGAAGAAACCUUUGCUGCUUCUUGUGAAGGACUGAUGGCAAAGGCUCUCGAUGUGGAUUCCAACUACAUGGCUUCGAAGAGAUCUGAUUCCUGGCUCAAGAUUAAACGCGACUAUAUGGAGGGUUUGAAUGACUCAUUAGAUCUUGUUCCAAUUGGGGCUUGGUACGGAAAUGGCAGGAAAGCUGGAUGGUACAGUCCAUUCCUACUAGCAUGUUAUGAUCCUGAACGGGAGGAGUAUCAGAGUGUCUGUCGUGUUAUGUCAGGCUUCACAGACGUAUUUUACAAAGAGAUGAAAGAGUUCUAUUCAGGAGAUCGCAUAUUACCUAAAAAGCCAACCUAUUAUCAAACUGGAGAAGAAUGUAAUGUGUGGUUCACUCCAGAACUUGUCUGGGAGAUUCGGGGAGCAGACUUCACUGUUUCUCCAGUUCAUCAGGCCGCCGUGGGUUUAAUCCAUCCAUCCCGAGGUAUUUCCAUGAGAUUUCCUCGGUACAUUCGAUCUAGACAAGACAAGAAUCCAGAAAUUUCAAGCUCGCCAUCUGACAUAGCCGAGCUCUUUCAUCAGCAAACUCGCAAAGUUGAUGUGGCAGGGUCCAAAAGUAAAGCUGUCGAUAGAUCAGGGUCCCCAGAUGAAUAAUGACCCUAAAAGUUUAGAAAAUGUAAUAUAUUCCUGGAUAGCGAGCUGAUAGAUGAAUAUAAGAAGAUAGGCUCCAUAAUGAGCAUUGUUCUGGAAGGAUCUGGUUGAUCUGAAUGGUGGCCCUUCUGAAAGUGAAAAGAGGAGAAGUGACAACCAUGUUUCAUCCUCGCAUAUCCACCAGGUCCUUCGCCACUUGUCUUCUUCUUCAGAAAAGCCUGUGGAUUAUUCUGCUCUAAGUAGGAAGGUUAGGCUUUUCGGGAGUUGCAAUUUUGAUACUUUUCCAUGUUGUAGUCAGUGGCACCUCGUCUUCCUGUCAUUAAAGCAGUCGUAGCUAAAGCUGUCUGCAACCUUGCGAGAUGGGAUUGACCGCCAACAGGUACACGACGGCGAGUGAUAUUGUUGUACGAUAAUGUAACCCUGAUCAGUAGGUGCAUUCUUGGGCUAAACGCUUCGUAGGAGGUGGUGGUCCAGCCAUUGUUCAUAAUUGAAAGUCUACUGUCCACAUUAAUAUAAAAUUUUUACUUGGUCUGAAAAUUUUUAUAACAAUGAAUUUUCUUG